CCGUUUCGAUUACUUCGAGCAUGUGUCUAUCUUCCUCGCGUGCAUACAUUUCUAAAUAUAUUUGUACAAAGUUUCAUUUCAAAUUAAAGUGUAAUGUAUAUUCUUAUGUUCAUUACAAUAAAUGUAUGGUGACGGAGUAGGAAUUUAUUUGUGUUUUUUGUGAACCUUGAACAGUAAGGACAAUCCUUAACAAUAUGGCUGCUACGGAGAAGAAAGUGCAAAAAUAUAAUUUUGAUAAAAUAUGUCGCGCCUGUUUGCAAGUUAAAAAGGAUAUGAGACCAUUAUUCGAACAGCUGACGGCGACGAUGUUGAUGGGGAUAUCAAAAGUGCAGGUCGCGAUCGGCGAUGGCUUACCAAAGCAAUUAUGUCUUCAAUGUGUACAUCAGAUCUCAAGAUGCUACACAUUUAAGGAGUUGGUAGAGAGAAAUGACGUCAUGCUCCGGGAACAGAAGAGGCAAGAUGACGAGGAGUUACAAAAGGAUCAGUUACAGGCACAGAAAUCCCUGUCAAUCACAUGUUCGGAAACAUCACCAUACAUACAAUUCAUCGAAGUGCCUAGCUUAAAUAAUAGUCAGAAUAUUUUGGAUGGAUUCUUUGAUAACACUGACACAACUGCUGAUGUUACACAGGAAAUACUGCAGAAAGAGGAUUUUGAUAUAGAUAAGCUGCAAUCCAUCCCUGACCAGCCGAAAGAAGAUGAAGCCCUCAACUCUGAUGAGGAGAACUAUCUCCAAAUGGUGGUGUUCCAGUCCACCACCACCGCAGCUGGUCGCCACGUGUGUAACCUCUGUCACAAGGAAUUUAAACACGCGCGGUGGCUGAAGCAGCACCUGAAAUCACAUACAAAUUGGAUCAAGGCCAACUGCAAGAAGCCGCCGAUGUGCCCCAUUUGUGAUAGGACUUUUAAGGGUCCAGGGAUGUUGAAAAUGCACAUGCGUACACACGAGCAGCGCCCACCCAAGCAGCCGACUUGCUCUGUCUGCCAACGGACCUUCCAAACAAAAACAUUACUAUACAGACACAGGCAGACACACUUUGAGCAGAAGACCCAUCAGUGUACGGUGUGCGAGAAGCGGUUCUUCAGCGGUUACGCCUUGAGGUCCCACAUGGCCCGACAUAGGGGUGAAAGGCCAUUUAUCUGCGCCGUGUGCUCAAAGACCUUUUAUAAUCCUACUGAUUUGAAGGUACAUUUCCGCCUACAUACCGGUGAAAAACCACUAAAGUGUUCAGAAUGUAACAAGGCGUUCCGUCGCCAUUCAACGUUAUGCCAGCACAUGAAGAAACACCGCGGUAUAAGAAAUCACGUGUGCAAUAUUUGCAACAAAGCCUUCUAUGAAGUGUCGAAGCUUAAUGCGCACAUGCGCAUUCACACAGGUGAAAGACCGUUUGAAUGUCAAUUCUGUGAGCGAAGAUUUGCUCAACAAUCGGCCUUAAUAUACCACCGUAGAACGCACACGGGCGAGAAGCCGUACAGUUGUAAAUUGUGUACUGCGAAGUUCACUACGUCAUCUGCGAGAAACAAUCACUUGUUGAUACAUACGGGACAUAAAAAAUUCGUGUGUCCCAUCUGUCUCAAAACCUGCAAGUCUCGGACGGAACUUCGAUUACACACAAACAAACAUGCCGAAUCAGGUGCCUUAAAGAAGAAUGUCAAAGCACAAGAGAGUAAGCAAGAAGAGCCCACCGAAGCAGAGAAGACUGACGAAAAAGACGAGAAGAAAGAAGAAGAAACAGAGGAACUGGAGACUCCUUGUCAGAAUCAGCAGGAAAUGCAAGUAGUCAUACAAACUGAGGGUGGUCAACGGCGCUUCAAGUGCGGCUUAUGUGUUAAGAGCUACAUGUACUUGCAUAGUUUGAAGAAGCACUUGCUAAGUCAUGUGCAAAUGUGUGUCUUCAAUCCCGACGGCUCCGAGAAAUUGUACGCGUUUAGGCAACAGCAACAAAUGGUACAAGAACAACAGCAGCAACAACAGCAACCGCAGAUACAGCAACUGUUGCAAGUUCAGCCGCAGCAGGUACAGCAGCAAGUCGUUCAACAACUCGCCGUCCCGAUUCAUCAACAUAUACAGAAUGUCCAACAGCCUUAUCCAGUAAUAUCGUCCGUCCAAUCUCUACAAUUGCAACAAACACACCAACAUAUCAACACUCAACCCCAGCAACUUCAAGUACAAACAAUACAAAUACAACCGCAUCAGCAACCCAUUCAAAUACAUGCGGUCGGAAUGCAACAAGAGCAGUUGCACGUGGCGACAUCUUCCUGUCAAACGAUGUUACCAAAUAUAUUGCAGUUGCAAAAUGGCACGGUUGUGUCUGGACUGUCUGCGCAAGAGUUGAGUGGCGUCGCACAUCGAAUUAUUUUACAACAACCCCCUCCUCACCCGGCCGUUUACACCAUACACCAUUAGUGAUAAAUAGAUUUUAUAUAUUUAAA